AAUUUUUCAUAUCCCUCUCUUUCUUGGAUACCUAUUCAAACACAAAUUAGAAUACUUGUCUUUCUAAUUUCACUAAAACCCAUACAUCUCUUACUCCUACUAUGGCUACGGGUGAAAAGGGGAAGUUCAUGGGAAGCUUAAUCGAUGGCUGUCAAGAGAGCUAUCGAGUUUGGGAAAAGCUUCCCGAAAAGAAGGUUCCAUGUACAAUUGGGAAUAUAGAGAAAGGAAGUGAGACUGUUUGCACGCCUGAUGAUUAAGAGGUUAAAAGGGUGUUUGCCUAAGUGAAUUUCAUAUUGAGUAGUGUUUUUUCCCCACUGAAGAAGAGGGUUCUGAUUUGCAGAGAGUAAGAGAAGAGAGUUUCAUUGAAGUUUUGGUUAGAACUGUGGUAAAUCACUAAUGGCAUUGUCUGCUUCUGAAUCCAUUUUCUUUUUCUUGCAUUCUGUCUGAUUGCUUGAGUGCAGUUUUGAAGUGAUUUUCUACACGGUUUAUUAACUGAUGCAACACCGGUUUUGUUUUGGAGAAUUGAAGAGGGUUCGCAACUGAUUUUCUUGUUUGGAAAUGGAUUUGAAUGGAGUCUUCCUGAAAGUCUGGUUGAUGGCAUAUGAACAGAAUUAGCUAAAGCUUACUUGAAUUAUUAUAUCUUGUAUUUUGUUUCUUUUGGUCAGUUGAUCCUUGCUGACAUUCUUUUGCUUUGAUAUUUUUACAGUCAACACACAUGGCCUCUCAGCAGAUAAUAGAAGAAGCUGUUUACCUUUGCACUGGAAAUCCAUUGCCCAAGGACAUUGAGCAAAUAUCUUACUGGCUUCUAAAUGAACAAUAUUCAGAGAGCUUUAAAAGAAUUAAUGUUAUGAAAACAAGGAAAGGACUGGCCCUUGUUGAUAUUGUAAGAGAAGUGAUAAUGUUUGUAUUUAAGAUAAAGAUACCUCCAGCUGUUCGAGUGCAAUUGGUGAAUGAUUUGGCUGACAUAGAGUAUGUGUUGCUGCUACCUACUCUUUUAUGCAGUCUUAGAAAUUUAUUUUUCCACUGAUAUCAGUUAGCUAUGCUCUGAAUUGUUCGAUGAAAUUCAAAUAUGUUAUAUCAGUUAGCUAUACUCUUUUAUAACCUUUGUUUCCCUCCAUUACAUAGUUAUUAAGAUCAAGGAGAGAAGGUUGAAUUUUCAGGGCCCCUAAUAUCUCAAAUGCACACAGUUGAUGAUCUCUUAGAAAGAUACGAGCGCCACAUUCAGCAUACAGUCUGAAGAUCAUGGUUUCAGAGAGGUAUGUGACAGUAAUUCAUGUGCGUCUCCAAUUCACACAUGGGUAUGUGAUUCACCAUGGAGUGUUCACCUUGCUUGGAGGGGAUUUGAAACCUGCAAGAGAUUUCACAUUGCUUUCUCUGUUUGCUGUUCUUCGAUUUCCUCUCUUCAUAUUUCUGAAUAUUAUAGCUCAGGUUAUUCUCUAUUUACUCCAGUUUUUUAUUCUCUCUUCAGAUUGGAAACAAAUUCAGAUGGAUUUGUUAGGUUAAUAUCAACAGUAACAUUUCUGCAAUCCUAACAUCAAAAUUUCCUCAUUUAGUGCUAUAUGUAUUGAAUAGUGUUAUAGCCUUUUCUAUUUUACAUAUUUCUUGUUCUACGAUAAUUUUUACCAAUAUCUUAUUUGAUAUCACUUAAGAGAUACUAAUAUAAAUGUAAUCUUACAUUUGACAAAAAGUUAUAUGCUGAUUUAUGUAUCUCAUUUGAAGGUUCAUUUCAUUAUUGAUGGUGACGGGCCUAAGUGUGUCCGGUUGGAAGAGAUGAGAGAAAAGAACAUUGGAAUUGGUAGUUAUUUGUUGGAUCUUCUACCCUUGUUUUUGCUAUUGUUAUAUGCUGCCUGACAUUUACUUAGAUCAAGAGGUGCUUUAUGGCCCUCAAUAACUAUUCUAUAAACCCAUUGGAAUUGGUAAAUUAAUGUUAUAAGUAUAACUCAUUGACCUCCAAAGCACAUGCUGCUGUUAUUAACCAUCAGUAUUUCAAAUUUCACCUAGCAUGUUUAUAAUGUUGACUCAACAGACACUUGUCAAUCUAAGAAGGACAGUAGUUUCCUGGCCAUAUUGCAAAAGCAGAAAAGGAACUGAAGGAACUACUUAAGUUGAUGGAUGUUGUCAUAGUAGUCUCCGCCCUUGUGAAUUUAAAAUGGGGAAGGUCUUGAGUUCUUUUCAAACUUUUAGAUGCAUGCACAACUUUAACCUUAGGUUACCUAUAUUGCAUGAUGGUGCAUCCAAGUUCCAGGCAUUGAGUGAUGUUCUUCAUCAUGCAAUAUCUCUUCAUGCCAAAGAGCUUUUAGAUGCAAAAGCCCUGAUUGAUGGCAAAUUGGUUCUUGAUAAUGAGCCAUGCUCAUCGGAUGGUGUGCAUGAAGUUGAAUUGCUUAUACCAUUUUUGAAUAAUAGCUCUAUUGAAGCAUACAACCAAAAAGAUGUUUCUGGCAUUUUUUCCUUUAGUGGCACAAUAUGUUCUUUUGCGCACCUGAAUUCGAAAGAGCCGAUUUCACAAGCGGUGACUGAUAUAAAGGGAGAUAUCAUUAUGAGCCUGCAAAGGCCACCGCAUAAAGAACGCCUCUUGCAAGUUGAAUGCCGACUUGAAACACUACCAGAGCUCUCACAGAUUGCUGUUACUGGAACACCAUUGCUGAUUUUUCUAUUUCUAUUUUUACCAUUUGAAUUUUUCUAUAAUCUUCAAAAAUAUGUCGUGCUUUAUCUUGCGAAUGAUAGUUUUUGUUCAACUCUCCUUUCAGGCUCAUAUAACGCCCUUUGUUUCAUUUUUAUCCUUUUUAUGUAACAUUUAUAGUUUGUAACUGUUGGUUUCUUUAUGAGCAGAACAAUCUUGAAGAACUAUGGGCACUUCUUAACUUGUUGCCUAACAUAUUCAUUUCAUCAGAGGACUUCUCUCAAUGGUUUACUAAGCCAUUUGAGAGUACUGGAAUAGUACUCAAAACUUGGACUUGUUGGUAAUUAUGACGCUACUGGAAAAAUUCAAAUAAUCCCAAUUAUGGAUCAGAUUUCGUAUUGCUGCUAACACCGUAAAUCCGGAGACAUCUUGUACUGCAAUAGUUGACCCCUCUGUUAUUUGCAACACUCAAACUGAGCCAAAUUUUGUGAAUGUAAUUUCCAUAUGGAUUGUUUGUAAUCACAUUCAAUUGAAAAUAAAUACUUUAAUUCUUGUAUAUAUCCAACUGUGAGUAUAAUUUUGUCAAGUAAUUUUGGAAUCAAAGA